CCAGGAGAGUGGACUCUGCCCCCGGCGGCCUGUCACAGUGGGACCCUGCACUCAGCCACACCAUGGCGAGCCUGCUGGGCCUUGCCCUGCUCAGUGUGUCCCUGGCUGGCCUUCUCCUGCCUGGGGAAAGUGUGUUUAUUGAUCGGGAACAUGCCAACAACGUCCUGGUGAGAAUCAGGAGGGCAAAUUCAUUUCUUGAAGAGGUGAAGAAAGGAAACCUUGAAAGAGAGUGUGUGGAGGAGACGUGCUCAUACGAGGAGGCCCGAGAGGUCUUUGAGGACAACGACAAGACGAAUGAGUUCUGGAAUAAAUACAAAGAUGGCGACCAGUGUGAGGGCAGCCCCUGUCAGAACCAGGGCGUGUGCAAGGACGGCCUGGGCCAGUACACCUGUACCUGCUUGGAAGGGUUCGAGGGCAAGAACUGCGAACUGCUUACACGGAAGCUCUGCAGCCUGGACAAUGGGGACUGUGACCAGUUCUGCCGAGAGGAGCAGAACGAGGUGGUGUGCUCCUGUGCCAGUGGGUACACCCUGGGUGACAACGGCAAGUCCUGCAUCUCUACAGACCUCUUUCCCUGUGGAAAGCUGACUCUGGGGCGUAGGAAGAGGUCAGAGUCUCAGGCCAUGUCUGGCAGCGAGGAGCUCCCUAAAACCACAGUGCUAGGGCAGUAUGACCAGGACCUGGUCCCCACUCAGGACCCCUACAACCUGCUGAACUUCAACCAGACAUACCCCGAGGAGGAUGACAGCGACCUUAUCCGGAUCGUGGGUGGCCGGGACUGCAAGGAAGGGGAGUGUCCCUGGCAGGCCCUGCUGGUCAAUGAGGAGAAUGAAGGGUUCUGUGGAGGCACCAUCCUCAGCGAGUUCCAUGUGCUCACCGCCGCCCACUGCCUGCACCAGGCUAAGAGGUUCACCGUGAGGGUGGGGGAUCGUAACACAGAGAAGGAGGAAGGCAAUGAGAUGGUGCAUGAGGUGGAGGUGGUGGUGAAGCACAACAGGUUUGUGAAAGAGACCUAUGACUACGACAUCGCCGUCCUCAGGCUGAAGACACCCAUCACCUUCCGUGUGAAUGUGGCCCCUGCCUGCCUGCCCGAGAAGGACUGGGCUGAGUCCACGCUGAUGACACAGAAGACAGGCAUUGUGAGUGGGUUUGGGCGCACUCAUGAGAUGGGCCGCCUGUCCCCCACGCUCAAGAUGCUGGAGGUGCCCUACGUGGACCGUAACACCUGCAAGCUGUCCAGCAGCUUCACCAUCACCCAGAACAUGUUCUGCGCUGGCUACGAAGCCAGGCCUGAGGAUGCCUGCCAAGGGGACAGCGGAGGCCCCCAUGUCACCCGCUUUAAGAACACAUAUUUUGUGACGGGCAUUGUCAGCUGGGGAGAAGGGUGCGCCAGGAAGGGCAAAUACGGCAUCUACACCAAGGUCACCGCCUUCCUCAAAUGGAUUAACAGGUCGAUGAAAACCCAGGGCCCACCCCGGCUGGUGACCACCUCCCAGCCUCCCAGGUUGACUCGUCCUCUCCAUUAAAGUGCCCUUGACAGCUAUA